GACACCUGGCGAGUCACGUGAUCAGGAGGCGCUGCCUGUUUUUCUCCUUUAAAAGUUGCUUCUUGACAGUUCGGAUAACAGUAGAAUCGCUGGGUUUCUUAGGUUUUCAGUUAACUUUCAGGCUUUUUCAUUCAUUUGAACGAGGUCGACUGUCGGCGUCCUGAACACGCAGGAAGCGGUAGAUUCACGGCGGAAGCCACGAGGACGUUUUCCCGACAAAUUCGCUCCAGUUUCAGUUCUGUGCGACAUGUGAUCAUCACGUAUUGGAAAAUAAUAUAAUAAUCAAAGGCAGGAAUUCAACUUCUUCACUGCAACAACUUUUCGGAGAUUGAAGGUCCACGCUGACACUUGGAGCGAUGUCUCGUAAGAAGGGACUCCGAGGCAAAGCCGCGAGCAGCAGCCCGUCCACGGACAGCCCGACCGGGAAAAGCACCGGGAAACCGGCGAGGAGCAGCCCGGGCAUCGUCCAGAUGAACGGGGUGGUGCACCCCAGCAGACCCCCCAUCAGCAACAGCAGCGAGUUCUAUGACAUCGCCUUUAAGGUGAUGCUGGUGGGAGACUCCGGUGUGGGAAAAACCUGUCUGCUCGUCCGCUUCAAGGAUGGAGCUUUCCUGGCCGGGAGCUUUAUUUCCACCGUGGGAAUCGACUUUAGGAACAAAGUUAUGAACAUUGAUGGAGUCAAGGUGAAGCUCCAGAUUUGGGACACGGCAGGACAAGAGCGCUUCCGCAGCGUCACUCAUGCCUACUAUCGGGAUGCACACGCUCUACUUUUGCUGUACGACGUCACCAACAAAUCAUCCUUUGACAACAUCCAGUCUUGGUUGACUGAGAUCCACGAAUACGCUCAACAGGACGUGGUGCUGAUGCUGCUUGGAAACAAGGCUGACUCUGCUCAUGAUCGAGUGGUAAAGAGGGAGGACGGGGAGAGGCUCGCUAAGGAGUUUGGGGUCCCUUUCAUGGAGACCAGCGCCAGGUCUGGGCUGAAUGUGGAGCUGGCUUUUACGGCUGUUGCUAAAGAACUAAAGCACAGGUCUACAAAGGAUCCCAGUGAAAAGUUUAAGCUCCAGGAGUACGUGAGCAAAGAGGUGAAGGGUGCGGGCUGCUGCAGAUCCUAAAUACUGGUGUACGUACAUGUGUUUUGUUCUUGUAUCUCUCACAUGGACAAAUCGGUUGUAAGGAGUCAGCUCCAGCGAGGUAUUUUUUUUUUUUUUUAAAGAAAGCUGUUCCCAUCGUGCAUCCUUCUCAAUGUAUCUUGGUAUUAAAAAUCUAACUGAAUCUCAUCUCACAUGCUGAGCAUUUUGUAAUUAAAAACUGUUGAUCUAAAGCUGUCAUUGGACUUACUGCAGUGUGUUUUCUGUGCAUUUUAAAUGAGUUCAACUGUUUUGCUGAAGACUUAUGCAUGUUUUGUAAAGGCGUUAACUCUCCCUGUAUACACAUUAUUGGCAGCUUUUAGUAGAAUAAAGUAGAUGAUUUGUAAUAAACUA